AUGGAGAAGAUCAAAGAAGGCAACAUUCUGAUGCAAAGAUACGAGAUCGGGAAGUUACUCGGACAAGGAACGUUCGCCAAGGUUCACCAUGCAAGAAACGUCGAGACCGGGAAGAGCACCGCCAUCAAAGUCAUCGACAAGGAGAAGGUCCUCAAGGUCGGAUUGAUCGACCAGAUCAAGCGCGAGAUCUCCGUCAUGCGCCUCGUCCGCCACCCCAACGUCGUCCAGCUCUACGAGGUUAUGGCCAGCAAGUCCAAGAUUUACUUCGCCAUUGAGUACGUCAAGGGCGGCGAGCUCUUCAACAAAGUGGCCAAAGGCCGCCUCAAGGAGGACGUCGCCCGCAAAUAUUUCCAGCAGCUCAUCGCCGCCGUAGAUUUCUGCCACAGCCGCGGCGUCUACCACCGCGACCUGAAGCCGGAGAAUCUCCUCCUCGACGAAUUCGGGAAUCUAAAAGUCACCGAUUUCGGACUCAGCGCUCUCAUCAAUUCGAAGCACCAGGACGGGCUUCUCCACACCACAUGCGGCACGCCAGCGUACGUCGCCCCGGAGGUUAUCAACAAGCGCGGCUACGACGGCGAGAAGGCCGACAUUUGGUCCUGCGGAGUCGUCCUGUACGUCCUCCUCGCAGGCUUUCUACCUUUCCAUGAUCAGAACUUGAUGGAACUAUACAAAAAGAUUAGUAAGGGGGAAUUCAAAUGCCCCCAUUGGUUCCCUCCCGAAGUUCGGAAGCUUCUCCAGAAGAUUCUCGACCCGAAUCCGGCGACGAGAAUAACCCUUUUGAAGAUCAUGGAGAAUCCAUGGUUCCGAAAGGGGUUCGAGGAAACUGCGUCUAUGCCGCCGUCUCCAAGCAUUGAAACGGGAAAUGUCGAGGACUCAUCCCCGCGCAGCGUUCUGGAUGUCCUCAAUUUAGAUGAUUUCGAUUCAAGUCCGAUUAAGGAGAAGGAAGUCGAGAAGCGCCGCCUGACAAGGCCGAACAGCAUGAACGCCUUCGACUUAAUAUCCCUGUCUCCAGGAUUCAAUCUGUCGGGUUUGUUCGAGGACAGCAACAGCAAUUCGAAGCAGCGCGAGGCGUGGUUCACGACAAAGUUGCCGCCGUCGGAAGUGGUGUCGAAACUGGAGGAGGCCAUAGCAUCGACGGCGGAGAAGUUCAAGAUCAAGAAGGAAGAGGGGGUGGUGAAGAUGGAAGGGAGCAGGAAGGGCCGGAAAGGGCAGCUGAGCAUCGACGCGGAGAUCUUCGAGGUGGCGCCGUCACUGCACAUGGUGGAAUUGAAGAAAACUGGAGGAGACACCAUGGAAUACCUCAAGUUCAGGGAUCAAGAACUCAGACCUUCCCUCAAGGAUAUUGUGUGGAGUUGGCAGGGUGGUUUACAAUCCCAGGAUCCGGACAAGCAGCCUCCUGCUGUACGAGAAUAACAAAACACAAAACAUUGGUUAGCAGGUGACUGCUGCAGUAAUUCUGAUUUUAAUUUGAUACUACAGUGCCUUUUUUGUGAGUAUGAAUUGUGUAAUUUGUACAUCUGUGUUUAGAGGCAACCAUUUAAAAUAAAAAGUCUAUCCAUUUUUUA